AUGAUUCAAGUGACAGGAAGACGGGCAGAAAAGGCUCUUCUGCUCCUGCUUUGCCUGGGGAAACGAAGCAGCACGGCUUUCCAGGUUAGAGGACCCGUCACAACCGCACGGCGGGCGACAGCAGCCGUACAUGUUUGCCGCCCGAGGGCGCUCUCUUCAGUAGCCGGGGCCGUCGCAGAGCCAGGAACUACGGUGGCGUGUUCCCGCAAGCUCUCAAAAGCUGUAGUGGUCGCUCGUGGCAAGGCCCGAUUAUUUUGGGACGGGAACCCUCUCGUGUAUGGAGGGGCCGUUUCUCGCGUGGAAGGGGACCCCGCCGCAGGCGACGUCGUUGACGUCAUCGAUUCCAGCGGGAAGUUCAUCGCUUGGGGAGUAUACAAUCCCGAUUCGAUGUACCGUGUGAGGAUUCUGGCGAGGGAGGGCGAAGCGGUGUGUCACGAUCGAGACGUGGGCGCCGUGGUAAAGGAGAGGCUUUUGACCGCUCGCGACGCCCGACGAGCGAUCGGCUUGCCGAACGCUAAGACCGACACCUACAGGCUGGUCAACGGGGAGGGCGAUCGCCUGAGCGGUUUGGUAGUCGACGUGUUCGCCGGCGUGGUAGGGGUUUCCUCGUCGGCGGUGUGGGUGGAGGCGUUUCGACCGGAGAUCGAGGGCGCCCUUGGAGAAGUCUUUGGCGCCGACGCGACCGAGAUCAUCUGGCGGCGGAGCGACGGACGCCUGCAGCAGGACGGGUGGAAGGGAAACAACCAAAGCUCGCCGGGGGCAGCGGUGGCAGAAACGACGGGUGCCGACGGCAAGGCGGCACGAGCCGCGGGCAGCUCAGAGGGGGUGGGGGUAGCGGGGGAGAAGAGGCUCAGGAGUGAUGCGCCGUCCACUGUGGUGCGCGAGCACGGGCUGGAGUUUGAGGUUCGCCCCCAGUUCGGGCAGAAGACAGGUGAAAAGAACACAGCAAACGUGGGCACGGUGCUUGCUCAAGGGUUGAUUGAGGGAUUCACAGUCCGGCAUUCAGGUUAUGUGCUACAUUGUAACUGACCCUCGUACCCAAUGCCGUUGGAAAUUUAAAUUUCUCUCGUUGCGGGUGUGUUCGCUGCUCGCACCCCGCCUAGUGAAGUCUAGCCGUCCUCUCGGUAAAACCGCAUGCCGAUCACUGGCUCUUCUGUGGUUAUGGAUGCAGUUGCUGUUGUUGUUGUUUUUGGUCUUGUUUUGUUGCUUUUGUUGCUUUUGUUGCUUUGUCGACAUUCGGAGCAGGAUUCUACUGCGAUCAGAGGGAGAGCAGACAGGCCGUUCGGGAACUCGGCGAAGGCAAGAACGUGCUCGACAUGUUCUGCUACAGCGGAGGGUUUGCGCUGAACGCCGCCGC